AUGCGGGCCCACCGGGGAAGGUUCGAUCUCCGAUUCGGACCCUACAUCCUCCUGGAGACUAUCCAUCGACAUGGCUCCUGGAAGGUCAAGUCCGCGUUGCACGGCGAGACGGGAAGGAAGGUCGCGAUACGACUGGUCAAAAAGGCUGAUCUGAAAAGCCCGACGUUUCGGCGAAGGGUAGAGCAAGAAGUGGAUAUACUCGGAACGCUUGUGCACCCCAGCAUUGUGGCCUUCCAUGGGGUGGAGGAAACCGAGACGUUCGUCGGCCUGGCUCUCGACCACGACGAUCCGCGGUCUUUGACCAGUCACGUCCUCGCGCGGGGAUAUCUCACGGCGCCAGAGGCGCGCAAGCUCUUCUCAGAGCUCAUAUCCGGCAUCUGGUACAUGCACCAGAAAAGGAUCGUCCACGGCAACCUCACGCUCGAGAGCGUGGCCCUGAACAGCCACGGCGAUAUCACCAUAGGCGACUUUAGCUCCGCCCUCGUCGUCAGCCACGGCGACGACCUCGUGCAGCCGCACGCGCGGACGCCGAUCUACGCCGCGCCCGAGCUGGUCGCGACUAACGUGUGCCUCGGCGCCGUGGGCGACGUCUGGUCGUGCGGCGUCAUCUUAUACGCGAUGCUCGCGGGGCGCCUGCCAUGGAGCGACGGGCUGGAAGUGGACGUGAAGGCGGACGAGGAGGACGACGUGAAGCAGCUCUAUCGGUUCAUCGCGUGCGUGCCCGCCGUCUGCCCGGGACACGUGGAAGACGACGCGGAGGACCUGGUGCUGCGCAUUCUCAUCGCGAACCCGCUGAGGCGCGCGGAUGUGCGAACGGUCAUGGAGCAUCGCUGGCUAGAGCGGUCGAGGCGUCUUUUCGACAAGAGCGUCGAGGAAUUGGAGAAGGCGGCUAUGGAGCUGCGUCGUGUUCAGGCACGAGAGUGGGUAUAG